AUGACAGAAAACUUCACUAAAAUCAGUCUUACUCGAGAUAUACAAACAAAAGAUAUACAUCAAAACACGAUACAAGUAAUUUUCCCCGAUUUUACUUAUGAAUUGCCUUUAAAAAUUGCGUUGCAAUUUAGAAAAUUUCAAUAUUUGUUAAGAUCUGAUCCACUCAUCAAAUCAAUAAAAAUAGACAAACAAGUACAAAAAUUUACUCUUGAGCAAGAUUUAAAUCUUUUAGAAUCCUUAAAUCAAAAAUCAUUUUUAUUACAAGAUUUGUUUGAUGACCAAAAUUCCAGUAAAACUCAUGUAUUUGCGAAAGAAAUCAAAGAUAUUACAGUUGAACAAUGCAUUGAAUGUUUAUCAGAUAAAAAUUCUAAAGAUUAUCAAGCAUCCAUUCAAUUUGCUGCUCUUCACAUUGAGGAUGUUUAUCAUUCUCUUUUAGAAUCAAAUAUUUCUCCAAAAACAAUUAUCAAAAUUUUUAAUUCGUCAAUUCGCGUUUCUAGUGAAGAAAAACUAUUUAAUAUUGUUUACAGUCUUAUAAAUGCCCUUGGUGAACCAGUUUCGCAUAUUUUACUUUCGAUACAACCCGAAUUUCUUACAAAAUCUACUUUUGUGACUUAUGGAAACUUAAUCAAGAAGUAUGACCUCAUUUCUUCUCCAGAGAUAAUGGAGAAAUUACUUGCAUUACCAAAAUUACAGCAAAAACCUUCAAGUUUAUCAUAUAGAUACCUUGUUCAACUUCCGAACUCUAAAAUCGAGUAUAAUCCAAGCCAUCCUAAUAAAGGAAUUUUAUUUACGUACAGGGAUUAUGCCAAAGUAUACAGUUCUUCGGGACUUUUUGAAACCCAAGAUUAUCCUCAUCCUGCAUGCAUAAUUAACCAUGAAGAUGACAAAGUAUUUGUUUCUGAUGCAGCUCUAGACCAGUUUGUUACAGUUAUGUUUACAAAUAUCAAGGUAGAUGUAACAGAUUAUUAUAUCAAAACAGGAUUCACUUAUCAGUUGCCAUUUAGCUUUUCUUUUCAAUGCAGCAAGGAUGGUAAGACAUAUGACACCGUAGAUGAGCAAAUGGUUUCUGAAAUGGUGCCUAACAAGAUUUAUCAAUUUCAUUUGAAGCAAAAAUAUGAAGGAGCUUCGACAUUCCGAUGGAAAAUGAAUGGUCCGAACUCUAAUGACGAUUUGAUCUUUACAUUCAACGCUGUAGAAGUCUUCGGAAGCGUUGAAAUUCUUAAAAAUGAAAUCGAUCUCCUUCAAAUAUAA